AUUUUCAAUUCUCAUAGUAUAUCACUGCCCGAGGCAAUUUGUGAAGCCAAGUCAACAAGUAUCAACUAUCUUGAAUCAGUAGUUCAUAAAAUUAGGAGUUUUGUUUAGUCAAGUCCCACAAAGUUAGUAAUCAUCAUGUUUGAAUUGAGCAGUCAAAGUUGAACAAUAUCUCAGCAAUGACGGAAAAGUCACAGACCAUAUCUGACUCUGCGAGGAAAUAAAAAGGACGUAACGUCAUGCUAUAUACACAGUGCCGGGUGGUUUGGCACCUUCAGUCACCUCACCAAUUUCAGAACAGUUGACGUGUGUCACUCGUUAUGAAUGUAUAUUUAUGCUUGUUUAAAUUAUUUCAGUCUAGUUUGAUUAAAUAGAUACGGGACAAGAUUAUAGUGAAUGUAUAUAUGAGAUAAAGUAUCACUCUAAGUAAUAUAGUACAUGAAAUAGCCCAUUUGAGAGAACAAAGUGUUGACCGAAAUUAGUCAUGUACAAUUAAGGCACAGUUUUUAUAACGGAGUUAGAAGUUAAGUUAGUUAGGUAUGGGAUUCUACGAUCUUACUUGAGUGUCUUCCAAACGAUGUUACUGAAACACUAGGUUCAUGUUCACGUGUCAUUAUUACAAUGAUUCUGCGGGUUUUAUCGUAUUAUUGAUUCUUAUUACUUGAUAAACCAAUAUUUGCUAUAUUUCGCAGUUACCGGUAUAUAAUAAUUACUACUUCGACAUUAACAUGGAGUCCCAGUUUAUUAGACCUUCUGAAAAUAUGCUGAUCGACCAUAAUAAACCGAUUAAACGUGAAUUAUUGGAUGUUGGUAUAAAAGGUGGAGUGAAAAGGAGAAACCGUAAAAGGUACAUUUCACGCAAACGCCAUGUUUGCCAAGAAUGUGGUAAAGUAUUUACUACAGCAAGCGACCUCACGAGACAUAUUCGCAUUCACAGCGGAGAAAAGCCAUAUAAAUGUGAAAUAUGUGACAAGAGGUUCACUCAACAAAAUCAUUUGAUCAGGCAUAUACCAACGGUACAUACUGGAGAGAGAAAAUGCUUUUGUGAUGUAUGUGGAAAAGGCUUCCCGGAGAUGUCCUGCGUACGAAAGCAUUACGCCAACAAGCAUGCAGAACCAGGAACAAUAAAAAAAGAAAUCAUUAAACGAUUUUCCUGCCAAGUUUGUGAAAAAACCUUUCGAUCUGAAAGUGUUUUGAAUAAGCACAGAGUUGUGCACACCGGAGAAAAACCUUAUAGUUGCGAAAUUUGUGAUAAAUGCUUCGCUUAUAAAGGAACCUUGACGCAACAUAUGCUAGUACACAUGGGACUAAAGCGCGUUGAGAAACUUUUUUCCUGUGAAAUAUGCGGAGCUAAGUAUCACAAAAAAUGUGAGCUGCGGGAACACAAUGUUGUACACACUGGUGAAAAGCCAUACUCUUGUGACUUUUGUGAGAAAUCUUACGGAUGGAAAGGGAGUCUAUAUAGACACAAGUUGACAUGCAUUGCCAAACAUGCACGUUUAGCGCCGCCCAACUUUUCCUGGGUUUUUAAAAUCAUGCAAAGCGACCAAGAUGAGCCGAGCCAACGGGAAGCAUUUAAUUCGAAGAAUAAAAAUGGAGUGAAAAAAAGGAAACGUACAAAGUACACUAAAUGCAAACGCCAUGUUUGCCAAGAAUGUGGGAAAGUAUUGAGCACAUGCAGCAAUCUCAAGAAACACAUGCUUAUUCACAAAGGAGACAGGCCAUUCGAAUGUGAGAUAUGUAACAAGAAGUUCACUCAAAGUGGUCAUUUGACCAGACAUAUAUCAAUGGUACAUAUGCGAGAGAGAAAAUACCCCUGUGAUGUCUGUGGAAAACACUUCUCAGAAAUGUAUACUGUAAAAAAACAUUUCGCUAGAAUACACGCGGAAACAGACAAUAACAAGCCAAGACCAUUUACUUGCAAAGUUUGUGGGAAGACCUUUUGGUCUGAAUUUGAUUUGAAUAAUCAUACAGUUGUACACACCGGGGAAAAACCUUAUACGUGCGAAGUUUGUGGCAAAUCCUUCGGUUAUAAAGUAUCAUUGAACAGACAUAUGCUAACACAUACGGGACAAAAUAUUGUCAAGGAGAAAUCUUUUGCAUGUGAAAUAUGCGGAGCCAAAUAUGAAACGAAAUUUAAACUGAAACAGCACAGCGUUGUACACACUGGUGUAAAACCAUACUCUUGUGACCUGUGUGGGAAAACUUUUGGGUGGAAAAAGAGUGUAAAAGUACACAAGUUGUCAUUUUGCUUUGCAAAACAUGCACAUUCAGAACUGUAAAGCAUACACACUCACACGUUGUGUAAGUCAAAGUAAAUUCUUGUUUUCAAGGUUAUUAUUUCUCCUGACUGCGCUCGCCGCUGUUUUUUUGUUUUAUAUCAGGUCUUCGGGACAUAUUUUGAUACAUUUUCAAUCAAUAUUCAUCGAUUUUUUUCUCUCUCCCACUCUUGUAUUCAUUACAGUUAGGCCGAAAUUACUAGUAUCUCUGAUCAAGGUAUUUUUGUUUUUCGGGCUGCCCUUUCAAUAUCAAAUGGUAUUAUUUUAUUCCAUUUUAAUUAUGUUUCCAUAAACUAUAGUUUUAUUAUGGUUAAUAAAUAAAAGAACUGAUUUGUGUUA